AUGCCACAGUUCUUCCGCGUGGUCGAGCACACCAUCAAUUGCGCUCACACUCGCGAAUAUGUUACCGCGACCGCCAAUGGCGACGCCGACAGGCCGAGACUCGCCGUGAAGCAAUACAUCCCACUCGACAAUCCGAAUCCCCAACCCGGCGACGUGACAAUCAUUGCCGCCCAUGCGAAUGGCUUUCCCAAGGUGAUUAACCCGCACGGUUUCAACCGUUUCAAGGCUAGCUGGUGGGAUCACACCAGAGACCUCGCCAACCUGAUCAACUUGAAGCGCGAUGAGAUGCCGCAACCGCUCGUCGGCAUCGGCCACAGCAUGGGCGGUGCACAGCUAACAUACCUCGCCCUCUGCCACCCGCGCCUGCUACACUCCCUCGCCCUGCUCGACCCGGUCAUCACCACCACGCACAGCGGCAUCGGCCCGGCCGCCGCCUCCACCAACCGCCGCGACAUCUGGGACUCGCGCGCCGCCGCCGCCGCCCGCUUCGCCAAGUCUCCCUUCUACCGCGCCUGGGACCCGCGCGUGCUCGACCUGUGGGUGCGCCACGGCCUGCGCGCCCUUCCCACCGAGCUGUACCCCUAUCCCCCGGGGGCCGCCAGGACUUCCCCCACCGCCACCACCCCCAAUCCCAACGCCACCGACCCCCCGGUCACCCUCACCACCACCAAACACCAAGAACUCUUCACCUUCCUCCGCCCGACCUACCUCCCCCACCGCGACCUGCGCGACUUCGACCCCUCCCUCCUCGGGCUCGGUCCGGCCACGAACAGCGCGGCAAAAGCCCCGCGUACGCCUUCUACCGCCCGGAGCCGCUGCACGCGUUCGCGCGCCUGCCCGAGCUGCGCCCCGGCGUGCUGUACGUGUUUGGCGAGACGUCGGAGAUGUCGAGCGCGGCGGAGAGGAGGGCCAAGAUGGAGAGGACGGGGUGUGGGGUCGGGGGUAGUGGGGGCGUGGCGAAGGGGAGGGUGA